CAAGAUCUGCUCUUGUCAAGUCACUUCACUUCCCACAAUCCCACUUCAGUCAGCUGACUUCCCACUUAAAAGUGAAAAAUCCCACCAAAUUGUACGAACAAACACCGGAUUUCAAACUCAAAAUUUAGCUAAAAUGCAUAUACCACCCAGAAUCCGCGAGAAAUUCCAUCAGAAUUCGAAAAUUCCUCUGCAUGCAAAGCCAUUUCUUCUUGCAGAUGUCCUAGUACCUGUAACGGCUAUGUCUGAGAUUACCCAUUCAUGGCCAUAAUUUUAAAAAAUGCAGCUUAUUCUGUACUCUUAGUUAACUAGUUCUGCACUCAUCACUGCGUCAGCCCACAAAAACCUGCCUUUUCCUUUCAUCCGACGACGGAAGUUCCUAGGCUUAUUGAUAAAAUCUCCUUGAUUUCUUCAAUUUUCAACUCUUGGGGAGAAAUUUUGGUGCAGGGUCGACGAAUUAAGGGCCAAAUUCGAGUUGGGUUGGCAAAAAUAUAAGAUUUUGGAGGUGGGUUUUGGGAAUUAGGAGCUAGGUUGCCAGCAUUUCUUGGGUUGGGGUAAUUUUGCCUCGUGGCUCUGUGGGGAUUUAAGUUGGGCAAUGGAUGUUAACGGUUUGGGUGUUUUGGAUUCGGUGAAGGAGCUUCAACUUCAAAGCCAGCUGAUUGAAGCUGGGGUGAAGCUUCUGGUGCCAUCUUCUUCUGCCGAUGAUCUUCUUGCUGCCCUCGAUAAAGUAGAGGACCUUUUAUCCAUUGUGGGUCAAGAUCCUUCCAGUUUGAUUCAAGAUGGGCUCUUGCCUUCGAUGAUGGCUUUGAUCUCUGAUAGGCUGCUUAGACAUCCUAAUACAGAUGUCAGGAUUUCAGUUAUGUCUUGCAUCUGUGAGGUGUUAAGGAUAAGUGCUCCGCAUCAACCUUAUGAGAAUGAAAGAAUGAAGGAUAUUUUUCGGUUGACUUUAGCUGCAUUUGAGAAGUUGUCGCUUUUCUCUGGUCGCUGUUAUGCUAAAGCUUUGCACAUUCUUGAAAUCGUUGCAAAGGUCAGAUGCUGCAUCAUCUUGCUGGACAUAGGCUGCGACUCAUUGGUCACUAAAAUCUUUGAAGUCCUUCUAAGUACCAUUAAGUUCAACCACCCGCAAGCUGUAUUCUCAUACAUGGAAGACAUUAUGACUUGGCUUUUAGAUGAGAGUGAUGACAUCCCAUUGGGUCUUUUAAAGCCGCUUCUAGCUAGUGUGAAAAAGGAAAACCAGAUUACUUCACCCGUUUCCUCUUGGUUAGGAGAGAAAGUAUUAAAGAACUGCUCAACUAAAGUCAGACCUUAUCUUAUGAAUGCAGUGAAGUUAAUGAGGCUAGAUAUUAAUGAUUAUGCCGAUAUAGUUGCUUCGUUAUGCCGAGAUAUGCCAGCUGGGGACAAUGUGGUGAUGGUGGAAGCAGAAGCAUAUGCAUUUUUUGUGCCAGCAGAGGCUGAGCUUUGUGGUUCACUGCUGCAUGAUGGCACAUCUCUACAGAUUGAUGAUGAUGACAGCAGAUCAAAGGAUGAAAUUGAGCAGACGAAGAGCAUGGCUAAAGAAUCUGUUGCCGCUGAAACUUUAGAAAGUGGAGGAGAAAUUCAAGCAAGAAGCAGGUGUUGGAAUAGUACCAAGUAG